GGUUACUUAGUCAGCAGUACGUCAGCCAUGUGGUAGUCGGUGAUCUUGAAAUGUCCGCCCGAGUUUCAUAAGGAUUAUCAGUCAGCUGUCAGUUGCAGCAUACUUUGAAAAUUAGUAUGGAUAACCUUUUUCUACAGCUGAGGAUUUUAACUCGUCGCCUUCUCUCAAAUAAUCAGAAGAAAACACAGGCGAUUUUAUUGAAACGAGCUACAACGCUCGCGGAAAAAAAGGGGAAUGCUUUUUGGCAGAAUGCGAUUGUCCGAAAACUGUUUGACCAGUUUGGAAUAUUGAAUGAUUUGACAAUUAAGCAAUGCAAUGGAGUAGUUGCACAACGUUUACGGAGAACAACUCAAAUUUUGUUUUUGUACAGAAGAGUUUACGGCGAAUCGGUGGUUCGGAUCAUAAACCGAUUUAGUGACCCCUUUAUGAGAAAUGAAAAAAUCAAGCAUGCAUUUUGUCUUUACGGAGCAGCUUUGUUUUCAUGGCAAAAUAACCAACUAACUGAUUCUGAUCUAGAGAGCUGCAUCGAGGACAUGAAACACAUCCAAGACAUGUUGAAUGCUGACUGUGAAAAUCAAGAUGGUGGAAGUGAUGUGGACAAUGGCACCAGAAGCAGCAGUAAAGAAAGCAACCAGGGAGAUAACAGGGUCAACCAGUACAUGGAGACAUGGUCUUGUGUCAUGAAUGACCCAAAUUUCAAAGUAUGGAGCAAACCUGUCCAAGGAUCACAUGUUGAGGAAUAUAAAGUUUAUGGCACAUUUCAUGAUAUUACACCAAUGUCAUUUUAUACUGUUCAGGUGGAUUUAAAGUACAGAAAGACCUGGGACUCUCGUGUCAUCAAACUAGAUGUGGUCGACCAUGACCAAACGUCGGGUGCAGAGAUUGUUCACUGGGUCACAAGCUUCAUCUGGCCUAUGGCAAACAGAGAGUAUGUCUUUGUUCGAAGACACAAGAUCGACCGUCAGAAGAAUGUGAUGGUGCUCAUGUCACACAGCACAGAACAUCCUAGCAUUCCCAAAAGGAAAAACUGUGUACGGAUCACCAAAUACGAGUCUGACAUGGUCAUCAAACCUCACACCAACUUCAACGAGAAUGGUUUUGACUAUGUAUUAACCUAUUAUGAUGAUCCGGAAUCAUCCAUCCCCUCUGUUGCCUACGACUGGGUGGCUGCUAAAGGUUUACCAACAUUUCUUAAUCAAGUCCAUGAAGCAGCGAAAAAACUCCAGGAAACAAGUCAGAACAUUUUAAACAAGGGUGACACCAAUCAGAACCAGAACAGUUUGAGUGACUAUUCUCCUUCCAUUGCUCAGUACUGCUGAUGUGACCUCUGUACAUAUUACAUUUAACAGCAAUCGCAGCUUUCCUGACUUCUUCAUGUGGAAAACAGCAUUCUCAGCUUCUGUAACUUCUUCAUUUGGAAAUCCUCAUGGCCUGACAGAUUUCUCUUUGGUUUGCAGUGAUUUAAUCAAGUAAUAUACAUUUUGUGUGAUGUCAGCACAAGACAGUUUGUUAGAUAUUUAUAUAUAUACUUUUAAAGUCUAUGUUAGUACAUAUAAUUUCGCGUAACUUUAACACAUUAUUUGAUGCCUGACUGUAAUCUACACUGUAUGUUUUUACGGUAUAUUGAUACAGUCUUCCAAUUACAUCACAAUUUUGUUAUGUAAUUUCAAGUAAAAAGAAUAGUACAUAUUUAUUUGAUGUUAUUGGCUACAACAAGAAAUUCAGUAAAUCUUGCUGUACAGGAAACAAUAUAAACAAAAGCAAGUUUAUCUAUUGAAGAUUAAACGAAAUGAGCAUUUUACGAAAGAGAAAUAUCAGUUUAUACCAAAUGUGUCCAAGUUUCUAAAACACAAAUUAUAUUUAAUUAGGUUAACAUAAAAGUGUAAUCUAUAUUUUUGUAUGAUUUGACACACCUUGCAUAUGAUGUGAGGGAAAUCUUUAGAUUUUAUACAGGGUUUGAUUAUAUUAUAUAACUUUGUUUUUCUGGAGAAGUUGCUGGAAUGACUGGAGGUGAUGCUGCCUUAUCAUUAUCAAUGUGUUUGUUUGUUUCUGAGGAGGUUACCUGUUUCAAAAUGAGUACAGCUGGUCAAAAUGUGUUUAUUUGUUGUGAUUCAACAGCAUAACAAAUCACUUGUGUUUAAUUGUGAGAAUAAUGUUCUGAAUGUUUGACAUAUACUGGUUAGUUUGGGUUUCUGUCAAUUAAAAGAUGAGUGGUAUAAAAUAUAGUUUUGCAUAAAUGUGAUUUCAUGUAAAAUUGCCAUAAGAUCCAGCAAUUCAAAAUUAAAUUUCGUAAUAUCAUUCGCCAAUGAACAUUGUAUAAGUGCUGUCACUAUCACAUUAAGAUAGUUAAGAAUUAACAAUAUGUAUACUAAUAUAUAUUACAUUUUUAUUUGACAAAUAAUAUUGAUAUUGAAAAAUCAGAGUUGAAUGUGUACUUGGAAAAUUUCAUUGUGAUUUGAAUUCAAACUGAAACUCUUUCGCUGUGUUCAUCAUUGCAUUUUUGUUGGAGAUUUGUACAUACAGUAUGUCUUAUUUUGGUUUUUGUUAUUAAAUCAGUUAAAAGAUCUC